AUGUCUGAAUCCAUCAAAACGACGGUUGAUCCGCUUCUGAAAGAUUUAGAUGGGAAGAAAGAGAGUUUCCGGAGGAACGUGGUGUCUAUGGCGGCUGAGCUAAAUCAAGUGAAAGGCCGUUUGGUUUCUCAAGAACAACUCUUCGUUAAAGAAAGCCUUUCUAGAAAAGAGGCAGAGACAAAAGCUAAGAACAUGGAAAGAGAGAUCUGUAAAUUGCAGAAGACAUUGGAAGAUAGAAGUUGUCAGCUUGAAGCUUCAACAUCUGCUGCUACAAAGUCUGAAAAAGUUUGGGUCUCUGAGAAGUUUUGUUUACAUGGUUACUGA